GGAAGCGUUGGAUUGAAGCCAAUGGCAAAGAGCCCACAACUGAAGACGUGCAGCGAAUGCACGAUAAUUUCAUACCUCAAGUCUUGUCGAGUCUCACGAAAUACAGUAAUGUUAUCGAAGGCGUGGCAGAUGUGGUGAAACGGCUGAAGAGAGCGCCCUUCAGCCUCAAGAUCGGCUCAACCACUGGUUAUCCUAAAGAAGUGCUUAAAAUACUAUUGCAAGCGAGCAGUACUCAAGGCUUUAUUCCGGACGCAUCGGUAUGUUUGGAAGAAGUGCCCGAAGCCAACCCCUCACAUCCAAGCCCAGCCCCGCUAUGGCUGUGCGCUAUAAGACUGGGUCUUUCGCCUAUUGAAUUCAAAGUGGACGAUUCAGUGAAUGGUAUAGCGGAAGGCCUAUUGGCGGGCGUCUGGACUGUGGGCAUCGCUAAAACAUCUUCUUAUGUGGGCCUAAAUGAGCAGCAAUUGGAUGAACUGAAGUCAUCAGAACUGCGGAUGCGAUUACAGCGCGCGUACGACGCCCUGAGCGGCUCUGGAGCUCAUUAUGUGAUCGACACUAUCGCUGACUUACCCGUUGUCAUCGAAGAUAUUAACAGGAGAUUAGCCAACGGAGAGAAGCCUUAGGUCUCACUUAUAAUGACGUAUUCGACAAAACAAUUUGUUUGGUUUUGUUUGCACUGGAAUUCAGGGUUUGCCGCAUCCUUUCGUAGUGCAUACACAUAGUAUUUAUAUCGUAUUUAUUUGAAUGUUUAAAGCUUUUUACAACAUAUUUAUUGUUAUGAAAACCCAAUCAAAAACAAUCAAUUGUAUGUG